CACUUCUUUUCUGUUCAAUGUGUUUCAAUGGAUCUUUCUGUGACAGAUUCCCAGUGUCUCCUCUACAUUGUUGUGAAACAGAUGGAGUUACCUCCGGAUUAAAAACCACUCUAUUUGUCUUCACCCUAACUGGAUCCAGAUGUUACCUCCAGCACCGGCCCCGCUGUCACUCUCAGGCCGCCUCUCACCAAUCACAGCCGGCCUCAGCUCCUCCCCUCCUCCCCGCAGAGCAUCUGCAGGAGGAGGAGGAGGAGGAGGAGGAGGAGAGUUUGACUUUCUCUCUGAGCCCAUCUGCACCUCUCUCUCCUUCUGCUCCCAGCUGCGUCGACUGCACGAUGGAGAGAGGAGGAAUGCUGGCUGCCUGUCUGCUGUGCGUGAGCUGCGGGGUGUGCGUGGUCUCGGCCAUCCGGAGGGCAGAUCUGUUCCCAUAUGGAGCCCUGAGUGGAGACCUGAUCCUGGCGGAGGGGGACGACGAGACCUCCAGAGUGCUGCUCCUUCCCCGGCCACUCCACUUCUAUGACUCCCGGUACUCCCAGCUAUACGUGGCUACUAACGGCAUCAUAUCAGCCCAGGACCUGCCGAUGGAAAAGCAGUACGUGGACGACACUUUCCCCACUGAUUUCCCCGUGGUGGCUCCGUUUCUGGCCGACAUCGACACCAGCGGAGGGCGAGGACAGAUUUACUACCGGGUGACGGAGACGCCCAGCGUGCUCAACAGAGUGGCCACGGAAGUACACCGAGGGUUCCCGGACGCAAAAUUCACCCCAACGCACGCCGUGGUUGCAACAUGGGAGAACGUUGCGGCGUAUGAAGAGCAAACUCGAACCUCCGGACCUUCAAACAAGGUCAAUACGUUCCAGGCAGUCAUUGGUUACGAUGAGACGGAUUCAUACGUUCUCUUCCUCUACCCUGAAGGUGGCCUUAACUUCUAUGGGACACGCCCUAAGGAGUCUUAUAAUGUUGAGAUAGAGCUCCCUGCUAGAGUCGGCUUCAGCAGAGGUGAAAUCACAUAUCUGAUCUUCUCCCGAACCGAGGGACCUCACUACAGCGUAACCAGCGAUGAGCAGAGUGUAAAAAACCUCUACCAGGUUGGAAAUACAGGAAUUCCAGGUGUUUGGCUUUUCCACACUGGGAACAGCUACUCUUUUGACAAUAUUGUUCCUGCCUCCAUCGGUGGCCUCCUUGUUACCUCCCCAACUGGAGGACAUGGCCUCUUCCUGGACACCACCACAGCCGAGUACGGUGAGUUUGACGAAUACCCAGACAACACCUUUGACCCUGAUAACCCGGAGGAAGAAGACGAUUACCCUCUGACAGGCGUGGACCCCGAAUUCCAGACAGCCCCUGCCGGCGGUGACCACUCACAGUCCCUUCGACCAGCAAAUCCCGAUGCUCCCUCGUCCCGUCCGGAGGAUUCUAAUCAUCGGGUGGCGUACGGCGGCCAAGAUGUGCCGUUGACCUCUGAAACCAGGUACAACUCAGAGCCAGCAGAGGGGCAGUAUGCUCCCCCUAAUCCCCCAGAAAGAGCACCAGAGGGAGGUGCUCAGCAGACCCAGGACCAGCAACCACAGGUUCCUCUGGAGGUGGUGGAUGUCUACCCCCCUCACAGGAAUGCAUCACCUCUUUCCCCUGGAGGUCACGUGGUCAGCGUGGAUGAGGACGAUGUUGAUUUUGACACAGGAGUGAUUCAGUACACUACAGAGAAUAAGGAAACAUGUGACAGAUUCCAACAGCAGUGCUCCCAGAAUGCAUUUUGCUCCGACUACCCCACAGGGUUCUGCUGUCACUGCCUGACUGGCUUCUAUGGCAACGGACGCCACUGUCUACCGGAGGGUGCUCCACAGCGAGUUAGCGGUAAGGUGACCGGAACCGUGACCGUGGGUUCGACUCCAGUGGAGCUGAACAACAUUGAUCUUCACGCCUACAUCGUGGUGGGCGACGGCAGAGCGUACACCGCCAUCAGCGAGGUACCCGAGCCAGUGGGAUGGGCUCUGAUGCCACUCGCACCGAUAGGAGAGCUGUUUGGGUGGCUGUUUGCUCUGGAGCUGCCCAAUAGCCAAGCAGGAUUCAAAAUCACAGGUGCUGAGUUCACUCGUCAUGCAGAGGUGAUCUUCUACCCCGGCAACCAGCGCCUGACAAUCAUCCAGACGGGCCGUGGCCUUGACGACCACAACCACCUGACCGUGGAUACUGUAGUCAAUGGCAACGUGCCCUUCCUGCCCCCCGGAUCUGAGGUUACCAUGGAUCCCUUCAAGGAGAUCUACCAGUACUACCCAUCCGUUGCCACCUCCAACUCCGUGAGGGAGUUCACAGUGGUUUCGGCCGAGCGGGGCUCAGAGUCCUUCUCCUUCCAGCUGAAGCAGAACAUCACCUACCGCGACUGUCGGCACCACAACCUCGCCGCCGUCCCGGAGACGCUGCAGAUCACCAUGGAGAGGGUGUUUGUGAUGUACGUCAAGGAGGAGAGGAUCCUGAGAUACGCCAUCACCAACAAGAUCAGCCCAGUCGGAGUGGAGCCAACGGAGCCGGAGCUGGUCAACCCCUGCUACGCCGGGAACCACGACUGCGACACCACGGCCCAGUGCAUCCCACUGGAGGGCCAGGACUUCCAGUGCCAGUGUGCGACUGGUUACAGAGGGGACGGACGCAACUGUUACGACGUAGACGAGUGUGCUGAGAGCUUGAGCUCCUGCGGCGCUCAUGCUCAGUGCGUGAACCUGCCCGGUAGCCACCGCUGCCAGUGCCAGAGUGGAUAUGAGUUUGGCUUCGACGGGCGUACCUGUGUCGAUAUAGACGAAUGCAGCUCCUCUCCGUGUCACAUCAGUGCCAGAUGUAUCAAUACACUGGGAUCCUUCCAGUGUCAGUGCCAGCCUGACUUUUAUGGUGAUGGUUUCGUCUGUUCCCAGCAGGAAGGUCAGACAGUUCGUCCAAGGAGCCAGUGUGAGCAGCACAGAGACAGCCUGCAGAGUGGGGGGGAACAAGACGGCAGACCGAGUCUAGGAGCCUUCGUCCCUCAGUGCGACUCUGACGGACGCUACCGAUCGCUGCAGUGUCACGGCUCCACUGGGCACUGUUGGUGCGUGGACGUUAGGGGGCAGGAGAGAUCAGGAACCAGGACGCCACCCGGUACGGCACCCAAAGACUGCGACAGACCAGAUGAACCAGAGCGUCCUAAAACUCACUGUGAGCACUACAGAGACAGUGUACAGACCACCAGUCAAGAAGGAUAUCCUAUUGUUGGAGCCUACGUACCGCAGUGUGAUGAUAAUGGACAGUACACACCUUCUCAGUGUCACGGCUCCACUGGACAUUGUUGGUGUGUGGACGGUAACGGACAGGAGAGAGCCGGAACAAGAACACCACCUGGUACAACGAGUACUGACUGCAGCAAACCAGAUGAACCAGAGCGUCCUAAAACUUACUGUGAGCACCACAGAGACAGUGUCCAGACAACAGACAGAGAGGGAUAUCCUAUAGUCGGAGCCUACGUACCUCAGUGUGAUGCUAACGGACAGUACACAUCAUUACAAUGUCACGGCUCCACUGGACAUUGUUGGUGUGUGGAUGUUAGGGGGCAGGAGAGAGCCGGAACCAGGACUGCACCUGGUACAGCACCCAAAGACUGUGACAGACCAGAUGAACCAGAGCGUCCUAAAACUCACUGUGAGCACCACAGAGACCGUGUGCAGACCACCAGUCCUGAGGGACAUCCUUUAGUUGGAGCCUACGUACCUCAGUGUGAUGCAGGAGGACAGUACACACCACUGCAGUGUCACGGGUCCACUGGACAUUGCUGGUGUGUGGAUAAUAGGGGACAGGAGAGGGCAGGGACCAGGACAGCACCUGGUGCACCACCAACAGACUGUGACAAACCAGAUGAACCAGAGCGCCCCAAAACUCAUUGUGAGCACUACAGAGACAGUGUACAGACCACCAGUCAAGAGGGAUACCCUAUAGUUGGAGCCUACGUACCUCAGUGUGAUGAUAAUGGACAGUACACAUCAUUGCAGUGUCACGGCUCUACUGGACAUUGUUGGUGUGUGGACAGUAGGGGACAGGAGAAAACAGGAACCAGGACUGCACCUGGUACACAACCCAAAGACUGUGACCAACCAGAUGAGCCUGCGCGUUCCAGAACCUACUGUGAGCAGCACAGAGACGGCGUAGAUACCACCAGUCCAGAGGGGUAUCCUUUACUAGGAGUGUACGUACCUCAGUGCGACUCAAAUGGACAGUACACACCUCAACAGUGCCACGAAUCCACUGGAAAUUGUUGGUGUGUGGACAGUAGGGGACAGGAGAGAGCAGGAACGAGGACUCCAUCUACUACCUCACCUGUGGACUGUGACAAACCAGAUGAACCAGAGCGUCCUAAAACUCACUGUGAACACCACAGAGAAAGAGCUCAGACUACUAGUCAAGAGGGAUAUCCUAUAGUUGGAGCUUAUGUGCCCCAAUGCGACGCUGAUGGACAGUACCUUCCACUACAGUGCCACGGCUCUAGUGGACAUUGUUGGUGUGUGGACAACAGGGGACAGGAGAGAACAGGAACCAGGACACCACCUGGUACACAACCCAAAGACUGUGACAAACCAGAUGAGCCAGAGCGUCCUAAAACUCACUGUGAGCACAACAGGGACCGUGUGCAGACCACCAGUCCAGAAGGAUAUCCUUUAGUUGGAGCCUACAUACCUCAGUGUGAUGCAGGAGGACAAUAUCUACCUCAACAGUGCCAUGGUUCCACUGGACUUUGCUGGUGUGUGGACAGUAGGGGACAGGAGAGAGCAGGAACCAGGACUCCGCCUGGUAGACCACCUGUAGACUGUGACAGACCAGUCCCUGUGGCUCCGACCCAGCGCCCCGAGAGCGUGUGUGAGCGAUGGAGGGCCAGUUUGGUGGAACACUACGGCGGCACACCGGAGCCACAACAAUACGUGCCUCAGUGCGAGUGGGAUGGACAGUUCAAUCCAGUCCAGUGCUACGGAGAGACCACUUACUGCUGGUGCGUGGACCAGGACGGACGGGAGGUCCCCGGCACCCGGUCGAAUGACGUUGUCAAACCUGCAUGCCUUCCCUCAGUGGCCCCGCCCACCGUGCGCCCGUUGCCCCGCCCAGAUGUGACCCCUCCGCCGAACGCCGACAUCACACUGUUGUACGCUCAGGGGCAGAAAAUAGGAGCGUUGCCUCUCAACGGGACCAGACUUGAUGGAGCCCGGUCCAAAACACUGCUGACACUACAUGGUUCUAUCGUUGUUGGUAUUGCCUACGACUGCAAAGAGAACCACGUCUAUUGGACAGAUUUGUCCGCCAGAACAAUCAACAGGGCUUCAAUGGCUGCUGGUGCCGAGCCAGAGAUUCUCAUCAACACAAAUCUGGUCAGUCCUGAGGGUCUGGCGGUGGAUGUGAAACGCAGGUUGAUGUUCUGGGUCGACUCCAACCCGGACAUGAUCGAAAGCGCCAACCUGGACGGCAGUGGGAGGAGGACGCUGUUCGACAGAGACCUGGUCAACCCGCGAGCCAUCAUAGUGGUCUCUUCCACCGGCACUCUGUACUGGACCGACUGGAACCGAGAGGCUCCGAAGAUCGAGAGUGCGUCUGUGGACGGACAGAACCGCAAGGUGGUGGUGUCUGACGGCAUCGGCUUGCCAAACGCUCUCACGUACGACUCUUCGUCUGGACAGGUCUGCUGGGCCGACGCAGGUACAAAGCGUUUAGAGUGCGUAUCCCCGGACGGUACGGGCCGCAGAGUGGUCCACCCCAGCCUCAACUACCCGUUCAGCAUGGUCUACUACAGGAACCACUUCUACUACACAGACUGGAGGAGGGACGGAGUGAUCGCGGUGAACAAAGACAGCAGCCAGAUCACCGACGAGUACCUGCCCGACCAGCGCUCCCACCUGUACGGCAUCGCCAUAGCAACCACCCACUGUCUAUCAGGGAGCCACUAACGACGGACCGGCAGCUGCAGGGUUCUUUGGUGCUAAAGUUCUGGGGCAACCACCUUUUAAAAAAAAGUUCCCUCUCCGGUGUCCCUCAGAGAAAUAAAAGGACACUCAGCCGAGAGCAAGAUGGCUUCUUGUUGCCAGAUCGACCUUCAGAGCAAAUUUAAAACCCCUCCACUCACCCUGACCCUUAACCCACAAAUUAUCUCACCAUAAAGAUAUAACCCCCAAAUAAAUGUUUUGUAAAUUUG